GCGCGUCGUCCGAAGAGGAAGUGACCACGUGAUCAGUGGCUGCAAAAUUUGUGUUCGCCAUAUUCCCUACUCUCCGCCUCGAAGGAAAGUGUUUUUGGAGCGUAUUUCCAAAGUUGAUUACCAAAACUGAACGAUCACAAUGUCGGAAACUCUAACUUUUGGACCAGAAUGGCUGCGUGCUCUAUCAAGCGGCAACAGUGUCACAUCACCCCCACCUUCUCCAGGGCCAAAGUUCAAGCUGGCAGAGUUUCGCUAUGGCAAAGAGGAGAUGUUGGCACUCUUUAUGGAAGAGCUAAAUAAACCAGUUGAGCUGGAACACUUUGCUUCCGUAGCAAAAGAAAAGUCAAGCUUUCCUAUGGCAUUUUUACCACCAACAGAAGAAGAACAACGUACAGCAAUGGGCUCAGUGAACAGCAAUGCAGUCUUAAAGCUUAUGGGUAGAGGUGGGACCCGAGGAGGUUUGCGUGGAGCAAGGGGAGUUCCAAGAGGGCGUGGUAGGGGUGAUGGGGGAUUUAUGAGACAGUCAUCAUAUGAGGACACCCGUCAAGAAGGAGGCUUCAGUAGAGAUCCAAAACGACAAAGCUGGGAUGAAAACAGACGUGGGGGAUUUGAUCCUGGAAGAGGAAGAGGCUAUGACCCAACCUUAAGGUCGCGCAUCACCAGUGAUAGCACCUGGGACAGAGGGGAGAACAAUGACAACAACUGGCGCUUUUCUGGUCGUGGUGAUGAGGAUGAUGGUGGAGGAUGGAGAAUUUCAGGAUCAAGAUCAGCUGAAAAAACUGAAAGGUGGAGAGGUGGAAGACCUACAAGAGGCGGUACCUGGAGAGCACCAGACUCUUAUCGCAGGGAGAAUAGCUACCCUGAUGAUGAGUGGCAGGUUGCAAGGAGUGGCCGGGCGCGGUCCUGGCAUGAACGUGAUGAUAACAGAUGGAGUGCUUCUGGCGAGCGAUUACCCGAAUGGAGUAAUGAUGACCAGGAAGAUUUUGAUAUGACAGGAACCUUUGAUGCAUCUGGGGCAUUUAGAUCUCAAAAGAAAGAAAACACAGAUGAAGGAAGAACUGAAAAUAGAGACUCUAAUGAAAAUAAAUCUCCAACUUCAGAAAAAAGACUUUUUGAUAGCAGCUACAAGGAAUCACCCACACAAUCCGAAGAAAUAAAGGAUGAAAAAUCAAGCAAAGAUAAACCAUUAGAAGAAAAAGCACCCCAGACCAAGUCAACAUCACCGAGUCCACAGCCAACUGAAGCAAAACCACACACACCACCACCCCCUACAAGCACACCACCUACCACUGCACCCAGACAGCCUUCCCCUAUGGCACCAGCACCCGUACAGAAAGAGUCUCCACCUCUGACAGAUGACAGAAAAGAUGAAGAGCAAGGAAUUGAUCACCUGGAAAAGGCCGCUGAGAACCUUGUGCUGCUGUUGGAUGAUGAGGAUGAAGAAAAAUCUGAGCAAGAAAGGUUUGCUCAGCAAAGUUACCCACGGCUAUCACCUGCCACUACACCUGUUCAGGGUGACAACAUACAGUGGUAUUAUACUGAUCCACAAGGCAAACAGCAAGGGCCAUUCACCAAUGCUGAGAUGGCAGACUGGUUCAAACAUGGCUACUUCAGUAUGAAUCUCAUGAUCCGACGAAUGACAGAUGAGGUGUUUCAGCCACUUGGUGAGCUGAUUAAGUCGUGGGGCAGAGUACCAUUCCAUGCAGGUCCACAGCCACCAGCACUGAAGAGUAUCCCUGACCAUAUCAAGCAGCAGCAGCAGUUACUGGCACAACAGCAGUACCAGGACUUGAUGCGACAGCACCUAAUACAGCAGCAGUUUCUCCACCAGCAGGCUCUUCUCAUGCAGCAACAACAACUCCAUCAAAUGCAGCAAAUGCAACAACCUGCACCCUCACAGCAAUCCCCUCCUGAUUCAGCACCCCCUCCACAGAUGCCGCCGCCUCAGUCGAUAGCAAGCGAACCUCAGAGAAUGGACCUUCCACCAAAAUCAUCUAUCUCACAGCAACAACAGCACCAGAGACCACAGGGGUUGUCAGUGACUUCUGAAUCCAUCUGGGGUCCAUCAGGUCCCACACAAACUUCUCCAAGUAUGAUGUCGGCAGGGCCCUGGUCACCGGCCAAUUCUCCACCAACUACUGCCACACCCUCUACACCCCCUGUCAAUGUCUGGGACUUGGAAGCUAAUAACAAAUCCAAGGUUCAGUCGCUACAGGAAAUCCAAAGAAUUGAAGAAGAAAAGGAAAGGAAAACGCUGGAAAAAGAGAGGAGAGAAGCGGAAGCCAGGGCCUUGCAGCAGAAGCAGCAAGAGGAAGAGGAGCGAAGAAGGCAGCAGGAACUACUUCUGCAGCGACAGAGGGAAGAAGAGGAAAUGAGAAGGCAGCAAGAACAGAUGUUACAGCGACAGAGAGAGGAGGAAGAAAGGCGAAGACAACAGGAAGAAGCAGAGAGGCAACGAAGAGAGCAAGAGGAAGUAUUUAAGAAACAACAAGAAGAAUCAAGGCGAAAACAAGAGGAAGAACUAAGGAGAAAACAAGAAACUAUCCUCAAACAGCAACAAGAGCAACAGCGACAACAACUAGAACUACAAAAACGACAGCAGGAACAGCAAAGACAGCAAGAGUUACAGAAGCGACAACAAGAAGAAAAGCAGCGUAUGGCCGAGAUGCGGCAACAGCAGCAACAGGCCCUGCUCAGACUCCAGCAGCAGCAACAAGAGGUACAGAGAAGAAAAGAGAUACAGAAGCAGAUGGAAUUGCAGCAGAAGCUGCAGCAGAAACGACAGGUUAGCAACGGGUCACUGUGGGGCUCAACUAGUUCUCCUGCAGCCCUAUCUCUUGCAGAGAUCCAGCAACAACAGGAAGAAAGGGAGCGCCUACAGCGUGAACGCCAGCGUCUCAUCCUAGAACAGCAGGAGCGAGAGCAGCAGAACCGUGCGGCCGCCGCAGGGUGGGGAGAGCAUGCCCCCGUCGGCCCCCCUCCUGUCAAAUCGCUCCUGGAAAUCCAGGAAGAACAAGCCAGGCAGCAAAAGGCAAAGGCUCAGAAUCAGCAGCUAUCGCGUUCACAGCCAGCUCCUCCUUCCCAUAACCCGCUGAGCUCCUCCGUCUGGGGUAGCAACCCCCCCUCCCUCUCGUCUUCCUGGGCUAGCGGCGGCACCUCUGGGAACGUGUGGGGAGGAGGUCAAGCAAGCGGCAAGCAGCCCCAGUCUCGCUUCAUGGCAUUCGCUGCUAACACUGCUGAAGACGAGGACGAGGACGAUGAGGACGAGCUCUUCUGGGAUAAUGCCGUGAAGGCAGCAGCUAAAGCAAACCCCCCUCCUGCUCAAGCCAGGCAGCAACAAGCCAAGAAUAAAACCGUUAACUCAACCGCUGCCCAAAGUAAACCUGCUCAGGCAAAGAAAUCCAACAAGGACGAGGAAAGUGUCAGACGCCUGUUCCAGCAGCACGCCGCCGCGAGCGCCGAUGAUUUCACCCAGUGGUGCGAGACAACGCUGCGCUCAAUGAAAGCAACAGGAGUCGACAUCCCCACCUUCAUCUUGUUCCUGAAAGAAGUUGAGUCGCCUUAUGAGAUUCACGACUACGUGAAGUCGUAUGUCGGUGAUACUAAAGAAGCGCGUGACUUCGCCAAGGAAUUCAUCGAAAAGCGCAAGAAAGACAAGCACCGAUCUGCUCCCGCCCCCUCCCCUCCGGUUUAUCCGCAACAGACAAACGUAUGGGGCGCCAUCCCAACUCAACAAUCCAACACGAGCAGGGCCUACCAGCAGAACCUAAGCGCGCACUCGACUGAUGCCUCCCACAGCGGCGUGGUGGGCAACGGAGGUAAUGGCGGCGAGUCUGCGUCAAGUAAAAAGAAGAAAAAGAAGAAAAUGCAAAAAGUCGAUCCGAGCAUUCUUGGAUUCAGCGUAAAUGCCGCAGAGCGGGUCAAUAUGGGCGAAAUACAAACCCUCGAAGACACGCGAUGAAUUCCCUUGAUUUGCGCUUCCUUGUUAACAUCCCAAUCACUAGAGAAUGUACGACUGCUCGCGUAAUUAAGUGCCCACUAGGGAAUUGAAUUCCCGAGAAACUAUAUGGGAAAUAAGGGAUUCCCCGUCAAUGGGCUUAAAGUUUUUAACGGGCGAGCAAAGAAUGACAGUUCACGAAUAUAAAAGCGGAGAAAGUCUUCGCUCCUAUUUUCCCAAGAGAGACUGUUGUGUUCAGACAGAAAAUACUCGUUGAGGUUGCGAAGAGGUGUUUGUAUUAAAAAAAACAUUUUAUAUGCUA